AUGCCUCCAGCCGGAUUUCUGAGAGCUGCUGGCUUGCUCGGAUUCGUUGGUGGCUUCUGCUUCGCAUACACAAGCUCCACCAAGAGAUUCUGGGGCUGGACCGAGAACUCCAAGGAGGUGGCUAAAGACAGAUACGAGGUCAAGAAGCUGCUCUCCCAGAAACAGUCUCCAUAUGGGAAGACAGAACUGUCGCCAUACCACCAGGAUAUGGCCGCCAGAAACUCCACAAACUCACAACUGCUAUUUGCCCUGAUUCCAUGGGUCAAUUUGGCCAAUCACCAGUCGCAUGGUAUCGAUUUGAGAAAAUACUACGAGGUCAGACCAGGCGAAGAGAAAUGGGGGUUCACCUUGCCUCCUCUGGAGGAGAUCAACGACCUGGCGGUCGGAAACCAGUACAAGACCUACAGCAAUUAUCCUAACUAA